UGAUUGGCAAGAGUGUAAACACCAGACUGAGGCCACAAAUCAACAUAGAGCGAUUAGGUUACUGUCUUUCAUCAUCUUCUUCUUUUUCCCUUUCUCUGUACUACCCCUCUUCUCUGAAUCCCUUUCUGUCGUCGUCUGUCUUUCAACUUUGCAACUUUGGGGUUUGAUUUUGAAUCAAAAGAGUGAUUUCUGUGAAGAAAAAGAAAACCCACCAGGGUGAGUGUCUUUGAAAGCCAGUUGAUCCAGAAUAGAGAUCCGGGUGUUUUUGAUUUUUCAUUUUACAGGCAAAGCUUGUAGCUUUUUCUAUAUUCAACUAAGAGGGUUUGUUUUUGGUCCCUCAGAGUUUGGUCUUUGUCUUUUCAAAUCUUGAAAAAAACCUCAUCUUUUUAUCUGGGUUUUUCUUGAUUUUGUGCUGGAUUUCUUGUUUUAAUUUCUUAACAAAGAAUAUGGCAGCAGCUAUUGAUGUUUUUAGUAGCAGUACUACUCCUGUUUUUGCAGAUCCGUUCAGUGAAGAACUCAUGAAAGCACUUGAGCCUUUUAUGAAAAGUGCUUCACCUUCACCCUUAAAUUCCCCAUCUUCUGACCCUUCUUGCUCUUAUCCUUCAUUCUCCGCUUAUCAGUCCAAUUGGGUACCUGAAUUUUGCUCACAAAGGUACUUGAUCCAUGACCAAACUCAGGGUCUUGAGCAAACAGGAGGCUCAAUUGGGCUCAACCAUCUGAACCCUUUACAAAUCCUUCAAAUCCAAGCUCAAUUCCACCUCCAACAACAACAGCAGCAACUAUCAGUCUUGGCCAAUACAUCUCUACUUUCCAAUCAAAGGCAGAAACAGAACCUCAGCUACCUUACCCCAAAGCCUGUUCCAAUGAAACAUGCUGGCACUUCACAAAAGCCUACCAAGCUCUACCGUGGAGUGAGGCAGAGGCAUUGGGGCAAAUGGGUUGCUGAGAUCAGACUCCCUAAGAAUCGUUCCCGCCUCUGGCUCGGCACCUUCGAUACAGCUGAGGAGGCGGCUUUGGCCUAUGAUAAGGCCGCUUAUAAGCUCAGAGGGGACUUCGCCAGGCUCAAUUUCCCUCAUCUGAAGCACCGUGGAGCUCAUGUUUCUGGUGAAUUUGGUGACUACAAGCCUCUCCAUUCCUCUGUUGAUGCAAAACUCCAAGCGAUUUGCCAAAGCUUGGAGAAUCAAAAGCAGGGGAAAACAGAGGAGUCUUGUUCUGUCACUAAUUCAAAGACAGAGUUGGGAUUUGAUUAUCCAUUGAAGGGAGAGUUGAAAAGGGAAUAUGAGAAUUCAGGAGUGGAGAACUCAUCUUCAUCUGCCACUUCUCCUGAUGAGUCGUUGGCGGGUUCUUCUUCGCCUGAAUCCGAUAUCACGUUCUUGGAUUUCUCUGAAUCACAAUGGGAUGAGACUGAGAAUUUCGGGUUGGAGAAAUUUCCUUCAGUAGAGAUCGAUUGGGCAUCUAUAUAAGUUGUGGUUUUUUCUUUUGGUUAGGUAGUUUGGUGUCAUUAGGGGCUUCUGCAAUGGAAUUUUUGACAGUUGCAGAGGUGCUAGUAGUGUUUGUUUAUAAGGUUAUGUGAAUAUGUAAUAUUUCUCCCACAUGGUCUGCUGGUAAUUUUUGUCCUUGCUCGGCCAUGGGAGAAACAUUGUCCAUGCAAUAUAUUAUUGUACUUUCUGUAAGUUAUGUAAGCAUGUGUUGAUAUUAGAUUUACAUGGUGACUGUCUUCCAUUG